UCAAAGUUGACAUUCAGUCAGGGGGUUUUCUGAAGCCCGAGGUCAUAUGGAUGAUAAGUUGGAGUCAACGGUCUUGCAACCGUUGCAGUACAACGGUUUUGAUGAAUGAUGACGUCACACUCGGACCGACGCCGCUCUGCGUGGGGCUAACCUCCAACCUCCGAUCCCCGCCGGUCAGUUACCGCGUCGGUGUCCCGUCUCUGAAUACAAGAACGACCGAUUCCGCGAUGUACGGCCAGAAGCCGCUGAUCCCGUACGACGGCUUUCCCGUCCGUUGCCUCCUCAUCACCCUCUUCUUCAGGCUCGUCGACUUGGUCUGGGUCAAAGGGUCCUACGUCCCGGACGAGUACUGGCAGUCGUUGGAGGUCGCUCACAGGCAGGCGUUCGGCUUCGGCUUCCUCACCUGGGAAUGGGUCAACGGCGUGAGGAGCUACCUACAUCCGGGGAUGUUCGCCGCCCUUUACAGGCUGCUCGGAUGGGCCCAGAUCGACACACCGGAGUUGGUCGUCUUCGCGCCGAGGCUACUCCAGGCCCUAAUUUCAGCCCUGGGGGACGUCUAUUUUCUAAGAUGGGUUGCUGAAAGACGCAAUGGCCAGUACGGCUGGGCGUUCCUCUCGUGGAUCACGUGCACUUUCGUGUCAUACUGUUCGACGCGUACGCUCAGCAACACGCUCGAGAUGAACUUGACGACUGUCGCACUCUACUACUACCCUUGGACGCCAAAAACCGGCAGUUCACUCUUCGUCCUCCUUGUGACGCUAGUCUGUUUCAUCCGGCCGACUGCUGUCGUCACUUGGCUCCCUCUUGUCCUCACUAACAUCUUCACGGACAAGUCGCCCCUCCUUUACUUCCUCACUAGCUAUCUGCCUCUUGCCUUAGUCGUGAGUAUGGCCUGCGUUGGCUUCGACUCCUUCAUGUAUGGAACGCUGACUAUCACACCUUGGAACUUUUUCAAAUUUAAUAUUCUUCAGAAUAUUGGUUCAUUCUACGGUACUCAUGAUCCAGUGUGGUAUUUGUAUUGCGGACUGCCUGUCGUUCUUGGUUUACACACUGUACCGUUUUUAUUUGCGGUGUUUAAGACGGUGAAAAGGCUUAGGUUUCUCAAGUACGAUGUCGAGGUUCAGUUGACAGCUGUCGUACUCUGGAGUGUAUUUCUCUUCUCGCUCUGCCCGCACAAGGAGUUUAGAUUUUUACUACCGCUCGUGCCGAUGAUGAUCUAUCUAAGCUCGUCUGUACUGAGCAGGUGGAGCUCCAGCACCAGCUACACUUGGCUGUACACAGUUGGCACGAUAAUAAUCAGUGUUCACACCGUCGCACUCAUUUAUUUGGGGCAGUUCCACCAGAUGGGCACAUUGGAUACUGUGAACCGUCUAGGCGCGAUGGCCCGGAACAACACAAAAGCCGACAUCCUCUACCUCGCCCCUUGCCAUACUUUUCCGGGCUACAGCCAUCUCCAUACCAACGUAUCGACACGCCAUUUAACCUGCAAGCCUAACCUUCUAGGCGUCAAGAAUUACGUAGACGAAGCCGACCUGUUUUACAAAGAGCCAGUCGGAUGGCUGAAGCGAGAGUUCGCGUCUUCGCGGCCUUGCACCCUCCCGACACACAUUGUCAAAUUCGACAGGCUGAACAUAACAAACUAUCUUUUCUCAAACAACUUCACCCUUGUUGGAACGUUGUUCCACUCGUACUACACGAUGGACGAUCGGGUCGGGGAGAACGUAAUGAUAUAUCAGCGCAAAGGGCCAAAAUGCUGAUCAGAAAAUACAAAUAU